AUGAAUAACAAUGAGAACUUAACAUGGAACCGAGUUCGACGCUUUCGUACAUCAUUAUCGAAACGAUUACCUAACUUGAAACACGUUUCGUUUUGCAUCUAUUAUGAACGGCAUCAAAGAUCAUCAAAUAUUGUUGAUUAUAACAAUAAAUCUAUAAAAUAUAUUUUAAAUCUUAUUAUUUCGCUUGUUGAUCGUUUAAAACAACUUGUUACGCUUGAUAUCAGUUUUGUCUCUGAUGAACAUUGUAAUGUACGGUGCUUUCCACGUUUAAUCCGACAGCAACUUUAUCAACAUCCCCUUAGUCGACCUUAUCGAUUACGAUGUACGUUCAAUAAUAUUACAAUUUAG